UUCAGCAGACUCUGCUGUGCAUGUUUGGGCUCCCUUUUCUCUCUAUUGUUAAACAGCUCAGGAAGUGAGCAAGACCGCCAGAGACAACUUCCCUGUUGCAGACCCCCAAGCAGCGGGAAAGGAAACUUUUGGAGAUGUGCAGUUGUGCUCUUUAGCAGCUGACUAGAGCUCAAUCAAGACCUGUAAGUGGCAGGUCCCAAGAGCCCACUGUCUCUGCCCCAAGAGGCCUGCCCUUUAAAGAACCUCAUCUUAAGCAAAGAUAGACAUUCACCUGCUUACACAUGUCCAGCUCUACCACCUGUGCUGAUUCUGUGCCACCACUUGAUCCUGCUGGAAUUGAGCCAAAGGGACAGUGCCAAGGGUCGUGUUUAAAUAAGGGAAUUAAUUUCCCUCUUCCUCGAUAAAGCAGAUUGAAGCUGGGUACCAGGUGCUCAAAUCCAGGCUGUUACUACACAUUUCAGGACCGAGGAAAGCAACUGCUGUCCACUGCAAUUUCACACCCUUCCAACCACGCAUAUCAGGCCAUGUCCUACAGCAAACAGAGAUCUGCUAUUGAGAGGGAGUAUGGCCAGGCAUUGCAGAGGCUGGCAAGUCAGUUCGUGAAGAAAGAUUGGCAGCGUGACUCAAGUGUUGCCAAUAACUCCAGAAGCAUCUUUGCCAUCUGGAAGAGCAUGAUUGACAGCACCAUCUCCUCUGGCCACUCCAGGGUUGCUGCCUCAGACACUUACCGCAACAUGAGCACUGAGGCAGCUAAAACAGUUCGGCUGUCAAAAGAACACUUAUUCAAAAAGGGCACAGGGCAGCUGCUGAAUAUGCAGACUGAGCUGCUGGAGACAGUGAAGGAAGUGAGCAAAACCAAGAAACAUUACACGCAUAUACAGAGGGCCAAUGAAGUAGCCAGGGAGAAGGCUGCUGAUGUGGAUGCCAGGCUCAGGAAGAGUGAUCACGGCAUUUUUCAUACCAAGGCCAGCUUGCAGAAGCUCAGUGCCAAGUUCUCUGUGCAGCUGUCAGAGAAUUCACAGCAGCUGGUGGUGGCACGAAAUGAGUACCUCUUGACCCUUGCAGCUGCUAGUGCUCACCUGGAGCACUACUACCAUGUGGAGUUGCCAACCAUUAUCAAGAUGCAAGAUGGAGGCAUUUAUGAAAGGCUCAGAGACCAGCUCACUGUGAUCAGCAAGACAGAGUUAGAGGUCUGCCAAGGCACACUGGAACUCUUCCAGGGUGUUCUAGAUGCAUCUGCACAGGUAUGCCGGGAGCAGCAUCUCCUCUUCUUCCUGCAGGAUAAUACUGCAUUUUCAGCAAUGGAGAUGCAGCCCUUCCAGCCAGCAGGAACUGACCAUGUGACUUCACUUCUGGAUGUAGGCGGCAGUGAUGCUGGGGAGAGCGAGUUGGGGAAGGAAGCACGCCGCUGGGCCACUCGAGCAGCCAAAGAUUACAAAAUACAAACUGUCAGUGAGCAGGUUCUACAGAGAAUGGAAACCAGGAGGCAGCAGGUGUCUGAGGCAGAAAUGGCCAGCAUGGAGAAAAGGAUGGAGGAAGUAAGAGAGAACAUACGGAAGGCAGAGAUCAGCAAGGUGAAGUCUGAGGCACGGUUAGUGCUGUUGCGUCAGGCUGGCCUAGAUGUAGACACCUGGCUGGCAAGUGCCAUGGGGCAAGUACUGGAUGAAAUGGAGCAAGAGCGGCGGCUCAGUGAAGCUCGCAGAUCUGAGAAAGGGUCGACUCCAACGGCAGAGGAUUUUGAUCUUGCUGAGCUUGAAGAUUAUGAUGACAGCACAGAACUGUUUGAGGACAUGAGGCCAAGCCCAAAUGUGACUCGAAUCUAUCCUUCUUCCUGCCGCGUGUUCUUCCCGUACCAGGCCUGCCAGGCUGAUGAGCUGUCCGUUGCCCAGGGUGAGGAGUUGGAGGUCAUUGAAGAUGGUGAUGUGGAGGAAUGGGUCAAGGCACGUAACAGUGCAGGACAGGUUGGGUAUGUCCCUGAGAAGUACCUCCUCUUUCUGGAUUCGGUAAGCAGGGAAUGCCCAGCCCCUGAUGGGAACAGCCAGGAAGGGUCCUCUGACAUGGCCUUGGAGAGGGAGCUGACGACUAUCAUGAGCAUGGACCUGAUGCUGAAGCCUGGAGCUUCACUGGCGCGAGCCCUCUACCACUAUGAAGGGCAGAGCUCGGAAGAACUCAGCUUCCCCGAGGGAGCCAUAAUCUGCGUGCUUCCUCGAGAGGAGGGAGCUGUCGAUGAUGGCUUUUGGAAAGGGGACUUCAAUGGGAGAGUUGGGGUCUUUCCAUCAUUGGUAGUGCAAGAAAUAACUGGCGCUCAGGAGGGAACCGAGCAGGCUUUCUUGUUUCAGGGACUACUUUCACCAUCUCCUCCAGCCUUCUCCCCUCCAAUCCUUGACAAUGGUGCAGAAUCUCCUCCAGACAUUCUACUGAGAGGUGGUUGGCAAGGAAAUAUGACUAGUGGGCACGGUUCACCUGACCUGAACGCACCACUCAUUUGGCCCGUUCGAGCUCCCCCACCUCCUCCAUCUCUGGCUCCAGAAGCCGAUUCGGUGGCUGGCGAUGAUUAACUCUCCAUUUGUUGAGGACCAGGCUUCCUGAAAAGGGACGUUUACAUCCUUUGGGGCUGGGCUGCCCCUAAGCAAAGCUAUUUCUGCUCGUAGCUGCUUUGGAGCCUGCGCCCACAUUCUCAAGCACUAGCAAGGAGGCAUUGGCAUGGGAGUGUUGGGAAGAACAUGGGUGCUGCUGUGAUGGACUUCUCUACCUCAGGGCACGAGGCUGUACCCCAAUGGACCAACUCUACCAGAACAGUCUCGCCAAGGAAUGGGCUUGUGUGCUUCUCCAUCUCUGUACUGGGACUGAGUCCUGCAGCCUAGCACCUAGAAAUGGCAGGCCCUUGUUGGCUGUUGGCAGCUCCUUGCAAGCAUCUUUUCAUUUCUGCCAGUUGUCACAGGAGCUGGUCUCUUCGCUUUAAUACUGCUAGCUGGCACCUCUUUGCACUUUACCUGUCAGAGUCAUUUUGGGAGGACAAUAGGCGAUGGUGAGACUAAACUGCUGCUGCUGCUGCUCCUGUACACCCUUUUAUUGCCCCCUGCAGAGAGGGCUGGCUCCUAUGUUGCAUCCUUGAGAGGCAAUAGAUGGGCAGGUGUUGACCCAAUAAACAGAAAUCAUUAUGCACAUCUUAAGCAACUUUAA